GACUCAGCUGGGUUUGCUCAGGGUAGGCUGCCAAGCCUCUUGCAUCUGACUGAUGCUAAACAGAAACACAUUUUCUUCAGUUUUAUGCCCGGUGAGCAGAGUAUCUGCCAAGCACGAGCUGCAGUAAUGGUCUAUGAUGAUGCCAAUAAGAAAUGGGUACCAGCUGGUGGAUCAACUGGAUUCAGCAGAGUUCACAUAUACCAUCACACAGGCAACAACACAUUUAGAGUAGUGGGCAGGAAGAUUCAGGAUCAUCAGGUGGUAAUAAAUUGUGCCAUUCCAAAAGGGCUGAAGUACAAUCAAGCUACGCAGACCUUCCACCAGUGGCGUGAUGCCAGGCAGGUGUACGGUUUGAAUUUUGGCAGCAAAGAAGAUGCCAAUGUCUUCGCAAGUGCCAUGAUGCAUGCCUUAGAAGUAUUAAAUUCACAGGAAGCUGUGUUCUAUUUAGGUCCAACAUUGACUCGACAAAAUUCACAGCUUCCCUCUCAAGUACAAAAUGGUCCAUCUCAAGAAGAAUUGGAAAUCCAGAGAAGACAGUUGCAGGAGCAACAAAGGCAGAAGGAGCUGGAACGGGAGAGGCUGGAUCGUGAGCGAAUGGAACGGGAGAGGCUGGAGAGAGAGAGACUAGAAAGGGAAAGACUUGAAAGAGAGCGCCUAGAACAGGAGCAACUGGAGAGAGAGCGGCAAGAAAGGGAACGGCAAGAACGCCUGGAAAGGGAGAGGCAAGAAAAGGAGAGGCAGGAUCGAGAAAGACUUGAACGACUUGAAAGGGAAAGGCAAGAAAGAGAGCGGCAAGAACAGUUGGAAAGGGAACAGCUGGAAUGGGAAAGAGAGAGGAGGAUUUCAAAUGCUGCUCCAUCUUUCGACAACUCCCUGUAUAGCACUCCACUUCCUGAGUACUCCAGUUGCCAGCCUCCUUCAGCACCUCCUCCAUCAUAUGCAAAAGCAGUGGCAGCACCGAUGGCCGAGGCCACACCGGAGUACGCUGUAGUGACUUCUGCACCACCGACUUCCACUCCCCCUACACCGCCUCUUAGACACUCUGCAUCGCGUUUUGCUACAUCUUUAGGUUCAGCUUUCCACCCUGUUCUGCCCCAUUACGCUACAGUUCCUCGUCAGCUCAACAAAAGUUCUCGGCCCCCUUCUCCUGUGAAUGCCCCGGCGACUUUGCCCCCAAAUGCAAAGCCCGUCGGCUGGUCCGCGCCCAGUUUUGCACCCCUUCCCCCGUCUCCUCCGGUCAUGAUAAGCAGCCCACCAGGCAAAGCUACCGGUCCAAGACCUGUCCUUCCAGUGUCGGCUUCGAAUCCGGUGCCCCAAACGCACACAUCUCCUACUGCUCCAAAUGGUCUUCCUGAAAGCGUGACUCAUCCAGCUCCUUCGCCUUCUACCUCAGGUCCAACUCCGCCUCCACCACCCCCUCCUCCCCCGCUGCCUUCCUUUCCGCCUCUCUCACUCUCUGGACCUCAAGCUUCUCCUUCUCCAAACUCUCCUAAUGCCUCGACUCCCUCAUCCAAGCCUAGUGUUCUCCCUUCUCCCUCUGCAGCUACCCCUGCCUCUGUUGAGAACUCUCUAAACUCUGUGCUGGGAGACUCCUCUGCUUCUGAGCCAGUCUUGCAGGCAGCCUCUCAGCCGGUUGAACCUACGACCCAGCAGGGUGUUGUCCAAGGACCACCUGCACCUCCUCCCCCACCUCCGCUGCCCCCCGGCCCAGCUCAGUCCUCAGUAGCAGUCCCACCUCCUCCCGGCCCACCGCCACCACCUCCGCUGCCGCCCUCAGGGCCGCCGCCACCUCCGCCGCCGCCUCCGCUUCCCAGCCAAGUUCCCCCUGUCCCUCCUCCGCCUCCUGCCCCCCCGCUCCCUGCCUCUGGAUUUUCAGCGGGGUUUGUGUCUGAAGAAAAUCGCCCUUUAACUGGACUAGCUGCCGCACUUGCUGGAGCCAAACUUAGGAAAGUGUCGCGGGGUGAAGACUCCUCCAGUUCAAGUGGAGGAGGAAGCUCCGUUUUGUCUAAAGCAGAUGGUGGCCGUGGAAAUGGGCCGCUUCCCUUGGGAGGCAGUGGAUUAAUGGAAGAAAUGAGUGCCCUGCUGGCCAGGAGGAGAAGAAUUGCUGAAAAGGGAUCAACAGAACCAGAGCAAAAAGAAGAUAAAACUGAAGAAUCAGAGUCUUCAACUUCCAAAGUUUCAUCAACAAGCACACCUGAACUAACGAGAAAGCCUUGGGAAAGAACAAAUACAGUGAAUGGAAGCAAGUCACCUGUUAUCUCCAGACGGGAAUCUCCAUGGAAAAAUCUCACUGGUUCUGAAAACAGAUUCUAUGAUUCAUUAAACAGACCAAAAUCUACACCAACAGGGCAACCCAGUGCCAAUGGAGUACAGUCAGAAGGUCUAGAUUAUGACAGAUUGAAGCAGGAUAUUUUAGAUGAAAUGAGAAAGGAGUUAACGAAAUUAAAGGAAGAACUCAUUGAUGCUAUCAGGCAGGAACUGAACAAGUCGAAUACUGCAUAGAAAGACUAGUACUAAGCUGAUGUGACUCUCUAACUUGGUAUAAAACUGACUACAUUUUUGUGAGCUGUUAGAAGAAAAUGGAGACAGACACUUGGAAGGAGGGAGAAACAACAUAUUCUGAAAAGCUUCAGACGCAUCACUCUGGUGAUAUGCUAUUUCCCUCCUAGUUUGCAGCUUUUUUCUGACCUUUACAGCAAGGUGGAAAAGAGUCUUAAAGUUACUGUAAUGAAUAUGCAGAAAUUCCUACACCUAUCAGACAAGAUCACAGUGCUUUGAAAUAUUCACAUGUCAAGAUAAAAUUGCACAUGUUUCAGAAUUUGUUGUUUAAAAAAAAAACAGGGAAAAGCUUGGGAAGGCUUUUCAGAGAGGUUUUCUUUAUUAAUGAAGGAUUUAGCAAGUUAUACUGUUGUACUUCAAAUGAUUCUCAGGUUUGUCUUCCUAUCAUAUCUGGUAUUUCCAUGAACAAUUUAAAAGAGCAGAUGUGUAAGUUCAGAUCACAAAAUAUGGAACAAUUACCAAUGUGUGCUUUUAAAGGGCAAUACUUGUAAGUGAAUGACCUAGACAGUGGUGACAUUUUGAGAUUUCGGAAUUUAUGAUAGGAAGCCUCUCUAGUUAGCCUUCAUGCAAUUUUAUAGGAGAAAAAAA